UUCUGUCGAACAAAUAUAUUUUCUAGUAAAGCUAUAUAUAUGAAUCGUCGAGGCUGGAAAAAUUAAAUCUGUCAUCAGGUGAAAUGUUUUCCAGAGCAAUAAUUAAGCGUUCGGUCAUCGCUAAAGGUUUUAACAUUAGACUUUGUAGAUCAUUGCGUGAAUCGCCCUCCAAAAAUAUUGAAGAGAACACAAAGGAUUCAGAUAAAUCAAAAGAUGCAUCAGGAGCAGGCUGUGAUGAUUAUUUAGGAGUUGAUUUAUCUAUUCUGGAGCAUGUAGAAGGUAAAGAUACUUCAGAGGAAAUUCAGAAUGAACAGACUAAAGAAGAAUUGUCACGUAUGUAUGGUAUUGGUGUGUAUACUAAACCUCAUGCAUACGAUUCUCAGGUUCUUGAAACUAACUUUGGGAGUAUUACAGUAGAUGGUGUGAGAAAGGGGAGAAUUCCUUUGAAGAAAGAUUUUUCAAAAUUGAAGCCAACAUUGGGUUCCAUUGCUGAUACAUUGAUAAACUAUCGUAAAAAGGUAGAUGAGAAAAUAUCACCACAAUCAGUUUCUCAGUUGCUGUUAAAUCAAAAAGAAAGUUCAGUGAACAAAACACCAAAAUCAGAGAAUGAAGAUCAACAAUGUGUGAAUGAAAGUGAACCUCACUCUGGGACAACAAAUACACAGCAAACAAUUCAGGCACAUUCUAAAUCUAAUAUAACUGUUGUGGAAAAUACAUUUGAAGAAACAGAGACAGCAAGUUUUCAGAUACCUUUGCAUCAGGGAAUUAGCAGUUCAACCCGUAAAGAGCACGGCCAGUUAUUAUCUCAGUCACUAGGUGUUAAUGAAGAAAAACCUGAAAUCAUAGGUAAAACAGGCUCAGAUACCUUCAGCACAAUUUCUAACUCCAUAUGUGAAAAACAAGUCUUUGAUAAGUUGCAUCAAGUUCAUGAACAAAGAAUUCAGCAGUUGAAUGCAUCAGAGAUAGUGAGGGAUGUAGAUGUUCAAAAAAUGUCAGUUAGAACUGAAACAUUAUCAUUAAACGGUGAAAAAAUGGAGAAAAGAAAUAAAAAAUCUGCAUCGAAACAUGUAAAACAUUUAAAGGAAGAUAUUAUAUUGAAUGAUACAAAUUUACAAGGUGAAACUUCAAAAUCUGAAAAAGUUAUUAAAAGCAGCAAAUUAGCACAAACAGUUAAAAAUGGACCAUUGGAAGAUCCAGUAGACAGUUUCUCAGAAUCCCAAGAAGGUAGAAUAGAUCAUAUUUUGCCUUUGAUGGUGGAAAAAGAAACUGUUGAUUCACAAGAUAUGUGGAACUCUGUUCCUGAAAGAGUGUCAGAGUUGGAUUCAAGCCAAGAGACACCAAUGGUUGAGAAUGCAGCAUAUAAAUAUUUGUUACAUCUUCAAAGACAAGAUGAAGUGCCAAGAAUUGACAAGAAGUCUACAGCUAAUUUAAGCAAGUAUCUCCCCAAAAACAUAGAUAAGCUGACAGAGGAGGAUGUAUUGGAUGAGCUGGCAGAGAAUGUCAUCUACAAUAGAGAUGAUAUUCUUGCAAUCAACAAGAUUUAUGGAAUACCUUCACAAGGAGGGGAGGGGGUGAGACUGAACAUUGCUGACCUCCUACCAGCUCUGGCUGAGAGGGUCCACUGUCAGGAGCUCCACAUGGUCCACAGACUGGACAAAGAGACCACAGGGGUUAUGUUGUUUGGCAAAACAGAGGAAAUGGCCAAUAAACUAAGGAAAGCUUUUAAAAAGAGAGAAGUAAAGAAGACUUACCUUGUCAUCACAAAGGGAAUUCCUUCUCUCAAAGAAGGUAUCAUUGAUGUACCUAUUACUGAGGGAGAAGUUGGGAAAGACAAAAGGAAAAGGAUGACUUGUAUUCCUGUGUAUGACUCAGAGACUAAACAUGUCAUGCACAAAUCAAAGAAGAAGUUAAUGCCCGCUGUAACACAUUAUAAAGUAGUAGCCAACAGUGACAGCUGUGCUCUGCUGGAAGUUAGUCCUGAAACAGGGGUGAAGCAUCAAAUAAGAACGCAUCUCUUUCAUGUCCUGAAUACACCGUUACUGGGAGACCAUAAGUAUUCUUACCUGACUGAAAUCAAACCACAGAUUCUGCCUAGCGAUGUUGUACGGAGAAUGGAGAUCAGACAGAGUAAAGCCAGGAACCUUCCCAUGUACCUCCACGCUAAGUCCAUCCUGAUUCCGGAAUUCCUGGAUGGCAGAAGUUUUUCAGUCCAUUGUAGUGUGCCUAGAGCAUUUAGAUCUUUUUUGAAAAAGAUCAAAAUUUCUCAUAAAAAGGUGGAUGAACGUGAUUAAAUUGAAAUUAUCAUACUACUCAAUGUGUCUUUCAAUUUGCCAGAUGUUUUAGUUGCAUUUUAAGAAAAUAAUUUGAUUUACGGUUUAUAUGUGCAUGUUUUGGUUACUUAGUGUGUGCAGAUAUUUGUACUUGUAGAACAUGUGAUACAAACAACCAUGCUGAUGAUGAUAUUGAAUAAAAACAUAACUGAAAUUUUGA